AUAAUAGUAGGUCAAAGCUUCAAAAUCCAAACGCGUCUUCAAUAGGAUAGCUAAGCUUAUUGCAAUAGUUGCUACUAAGACCAAGCAAUAAAAUCUUAAUCCCUUUUAUGAUUCAUGAACCAAUACAAACCUUAAGACAAAACAUAAAAAAAUCAAAGAUUGCUUAGUAGUGGGGUUGUUUAAUUGGUUGCCCGAUGAAUGCCAUAAAUUUAUGUUCCAAAGUUGAAAAUAUAAAUUACUAUAACCCACAUACUUAAGUUUGUAACUACUAGGAAACUCACUCUUUAAGAGCAAAGAGUACAUCAUCAUUUAGUGCCCCAUAUAGAACUUCCCGCUCCUUAAGAUGAUCAUAUGAAGUGCUUAAUUCUCUCUAUAUAUGUACAAAUUCCCAAAUUUAUUGUUCAAUAUAUCCCAACCAAAAAACUUGAAAAAAAGUAUUACUAUCAAUCCCUUGAACAUCCAUGGAAGAAAACAUGAUCAACUCGUAUGCUUGUUCGAGGGUUGGCAUUGCUUCCAUUUACCGGGGAGUAAGAAAAAGAAAAUUGGGGAAAUGGGUGUCAGAAAUACGCGAGCCAGGGAAGAAGACUCGAAUAUGGGUUGGAAGCUUCGACACCCAAGAGAUGGCAGCCAUUGCUUAUGAUGUUGCUGCAUAUCAUCUUAGAGGGUGUGGAGCCCAUCUCAAUUUCCCAGAGCUGGCAAAUGAGCUACCUUGUCCUGCUAGCACCAAAGGUGAGGAUAUCUGUAGGGUGGCUCAAGAAGUUGUAACCACCCUGCAGUCAAGAAUGACUCGUAAUAGCAUGCAAGGAACUCCAAACGUGACAACCCUACCCACGUACACUUUCUACUCGUCUCCUACAAGGAUUGGAUUGUCGCCAUGGGAGAUCCAAGCUUUUAAUGAGGCUCCCUUGGAGUCACCAAAAAUGUGGGCUAGUAUGACGGACAUGCUUGAAGAUUCUUACAUCUAUUCUAGUACUUACAUAGCGUGGGGGGAAGAGGAGGUGCCCAACCACUCCGUUUGGGACUAUCCAAAGUCUUUGUCAUAUCACACGUACGUACACCAAGUACUUGAUAAGGUGGGAAGUACUGGGAACUGCCUAUUUUGUGCUAUCCACCUAAUUAGUCUCCUUGGUUUACCAUUUAGUCAAAAAUACUAAUACUAAUAUUGUUAUUAUUGAAUUUUUGAACUAAUUAUUAUUCAAAGGUGAGAUAAAAAAAAUACGAUUAUUUUUAAAAUGUUGUUUGUUUUACAAUUUUUUCAAAAUUUUAGACCCUUAUUUUAGGAAUUCUUAUGCUACUAUCACCACUUAUAACAUUUUAGUUACUAUUCAAUAGGUUAGUUUAUACUCCUUUCGUCUCAUUUAAUUUGCAGCACUUUUCAUUUUAGUUCGUCUUACUUAAUUUGUAUCAUUUUUAUUUUCGGAUUAUGGCCCACCACUUCCUUUUA